GAGGACCAUUUUUCUAGAUCUGCUGUGUGUGAAUAAAUAAAUAAACUCAGGACUCAGGAGGAGCUGUACAAAGGCUUAAUUCUCUGACCCAAAAAGAUCCGCAAUCUUUACUGGGUUGGACUUGCAUUGUUUCAACCCGGCGUUGUUGAAUGCAAUUGUCUGCAUAAGAUAACAAGUUAUAAUAUUUCCUUGAGGCUGCUCUUAUUUUCAAGAUCAGUGUAGUAGUAGUAGUAGUAACUGUCUGUCUGUAACUAAAGAAUUCACAAGAGUUUUACAAAUGUGGAGUUUAUAAGGAGAAAAAAUGUUCAAGUCGAGUAGAUGGAGGAGCGACAAGAAUAGGAUCAAAGCUGUUUUUAAAUUGCAGUUUCAUGCAACUCAGCUACCACCAAAUGGAGGAGAUGCUUUUACAAUAUCUGUGGUUCCUGCUGAUGUUGGAAAGCCAACUGCAACAUUAGAAAAAACAAAAGUUAAAGAUGGAAACUGCUACUGGGAAAAACCACAUUCUCAAACUGUCAAAUUCACCCGCGAUCACAAAACUGGAAAAAUUAAUGAGAAAAUAUAUCGUUUUGUUGUCGCCACGGGUUCUUCGAUUUUUGGUGUUGUUGGAGAAGUUUCUCUUGAUUUUUCAUGUUAUGCUGAGGCUACAAAGCCCUCUUCUGUUUCUCUGCCUCUUAAAAAUGCAAAAUCCACAAGUGUAUUACUACAUGUAUCAGUUCAAAGGGUGCAAGAUCAAAGGGAGGUUGAUGCACGUGAAAAUGUGAAUGACGAUAGUAACAAUACGAGGGCACAAUUCAGUAAUGGUGAUAUAAAAGAAAGCAUUCAAAGCGAUCCUUCUGAAGAUCAGAGGGUAUUAAGUGAUAACAUUAGCAGAAAUCAUGGGACAUCCAUUGGGUCAGAUAUCACACUUUCAGGUUCUGAUAGCAGCUCGGGACUUGACACCCCACAAGAACCUGAAUCUAAGAACACUAAAUUGACUCAUGAAACCUCAACAACAACAACAAUCUAUGAAGAACAACAUCAGAGUAAAUCAUCAUCACAAUGGGAUUGGUUAGAUGGUUCUGUUCAUGAUUUAAGUGCAGAUGAUUCAUCUAUGACCAGUCCCUUAAGAGAAAUAUCUGAAGAAGGUCCUCCGGAUGUUGUCAUCAAAAAACUCAAGGGCGAACUCGUAAUCUUAGCUAGGCAAGCUGAGGUGACAGAAAUGGAAUUGCAAACCCUUCGUAAGCAAAUUGUAAAGGAGAGCAAAAAGGGUGUGGAUCUUUCAAAAGAAGUAGCUUCCCUUAAGGAAGAGCGAAAUGAAUUGAAGCAGGAGUGUGAAAAGAUGAAAGCUAAAGUCAAAGUCAAUGGUAAUGUGUUGAAUGAAGGAGGGGAUCCGUGGGCUCUUGUAGAUGAGCUGAAACAAGAACUGAAUUAUGAAAAGGAUCUGAAUUCCAAUCUAAGGUUACAACUUCAGAAAACACAAGAGUCAAAUACAGAGUUGAUUCUUGCUGUUCGGGACUUAGAUGAGAUGCUUGAGUCAAAGUCAAAACUUUCUACCGCUCCAAAGUUGCAAGAAGUCAACUCUAAACCAGAGACAGAUGAUGAUGAAGAUCAAAAGGCUUUAGAAGGGAUCGUUAGAGAACAUAGCGGCAUGAAAGAUGCAUAUCUACAAGAGCAAAAGAUAAUCAAUCUUUAUAACGAAUUAGAGUUGUACAAACGGGAUAAAGAUGAGCUAGAAAUGCAGAUGGAGCAGAUGGCUCUUGAUUUUGAGAUUCUAAAGCAGGAAAACGAUGACAUGUCUUACAAGCUGGAACAAAGUCAACUUCAACAACAGUUAAAGAUGCAAUAUGAAUGUUCAGCAUCUUACACCACUGUAAGUGAACUCGAAACCCAGAUUGAAAACUUAAAUACUGAGCUUAAAUUGAAAUCCGAAGAAUUAGCGGCAUCGCUUGUUGCAAUUAAAGAGCUUGAAAGUCAUAUCAAGAAUUUGGAAGAAGAUUUAUGUAAUCAAGCUCACAGGUUUGAGGCGGAUAUGGAAGAUUUGAUUCGUACAAAAGUUGAGCAGGAGCAGAGAGCCAUUCGUGCAGAGGAGGAUUUAAGAAAAGUCAAACUACAAAAUGCUAGUACAGCUGGCAAACUUCAGGAGGAAUUCAGAAAAUUAUCAACAGAAAUGGCAUCCACUUUUCAAGAAAGUGAGAAUGCAGCCAUGAAAGCCAUUGAUGAAGCCAAUCAACUCAGGGUAGAGAAAAGGCAGCUUGACGAGAUGGUCAAGAAAGUCAAAGAAGAGUUUGACUUUCUCUCGAACCAGUAUGAAAACAAAUUGGUUGAUCUUUCAAACCAGAUAACUCUAAAGUCGAAACAUUUAGAGGACAUGGAAAAACACAUUGAAAACUUAUCUCAUGAGCUUAAACAUCAAAAAACAAGUUAUAAUGCCAAGAUUGACAAUCUUGAAGAAGAAAAAAACUAUCUUGAAAAUAAGAUUUGUUUGGUGAAGACAGAAUUGGAGAGUUCAAAGGAGGAGUUGAGAAAUGUUAUAAACGAUAAGGAUAAUGAAGUUAAAAGGUUGCUAUCAGAGACGGAACGACUAAAAUCCAGAUGUAAUGACAUGAAACAGUUCCUUAAAGAGAAUGAAUUAGAGAAAGAAAAUCUGGAAAAACAGGUAUCUCAAUUAAAAGGCGAUCUCAAGAAGAAAGAUGAAGCAAUUUGUAGCAAUUUGAAGGACAGAAUCAAAAUACUUGAGGGUCAAAUAAAGCUUAAGGAAACUGCAUUAGAAUGCUCUGAAGCUUCGUUUUUAGAGAAAGAAAAAGAUCUUAAACAUAUAAUCGAAGAGUUGGAAAGACGACUGGAGGUUCUUGAUCAAAACAUAGAAAAUUUACAGGUUGCUACAGCUCAAAAUUCAAACUCUUCAACCAUAAGUGACGACGAUGUCAUUGAACCUGAGAUUAAGAAGACCGAGGAUGAGCAAAUGUUUGAGGUAUCGUCAAAUGAAAUGGAGUUAUUAAACAAAAACAAGUGUAUGGAAAUAGAAUUGAAGGAAAUGCAAGAAAGAUAUUCAGAAAUAAGUCUAAAGUUUGCAGAGGUAGAGGGUGAGAGGCAACAGCUUGUAAUGACCCUAAGAAGCAUCAGGAACAAAAAGAAAUGCUAGUACUGUGUAUCUACAUCAUUAAAGAUAUGACAUGUAAAUUGGCCAAAAAGUUUUAUUUUCUUUCCUUUGGUUUCUAUAUAUAUUUUUUGCUUGUACUGUGUAUAUUAGCAUGCUAAGUCUCCCAAUCAUUGAUCAAUAAUUUUGUUCUACUUUCACUA